AAUGCAGCCAGCACUCGCAUCCCGCCUCAUGGCCCUGCCGCCUGAGCUGCGCUGCCACAUCUACUCUUUCCUGCCCGAGCUCGUGUACAAGUACAUAUGGCCAGUCUUCAAGUCUUCUCCUGCCGGUGUGUGCAGCUGGCCGUACUAUAGACUGCCGACGUCGUUGCUCUUGAUCAGCAAGCUCAUCUAUCAAGAAACCAGAGAUGCAUCAGUCCAAAAACGACUGUGUGAUCUCAACGAGCAAUACCCGCCCGUUGUCGUUUUGGGACCAGCCAAUUCAAUGUAUAAGCCACGAAAUGGUUUUAUGGACGAGUUGUUCGGUCUCUUGUCAAGGCACAAUGGCAACACUUCGUCCCUGUACGAUGUCAGUAACACGCUGGCUGAACGCACUCCCAAGCGCAUAUGCCAUGAUAUCAGAGCUUGGACCAACCGGAGUCUCGAGGCUAGGCUAAGAGUUCACUGGGAACAAGUUUACCAGCGCUUCCCUAGAGAGCUGGGGUACUCUGAAGAGAAUCUAGAAACUUUCGUCACAUGCACCUUGACCAGGAUGGCACAUAACAAUGCCAAAGAAGCCCGCAUUCGACUGUUGAUUCGCGGCAGCGCUUUUAACAACGCUUGGCUCUGGGAAAGACGUAUGAUGGAAUAUCUUCUUCAGUACAAGACGAGAGCACUCCUGACUUUCCAUUGCGAUGCUGAGAGUAUGCAUUCCAGCGAAGCAGUGACUAUUGUUCUUCCGCCUCAACCACAUGGAAGUUAUGUUGAUAACUUUAUUGCAAGGAUGCUGGAGGAAAACUUUGGUUUCGAACUAGAAGCACCGUCAAUCCAGGACGAACGGCUGUUCAGUGAGCAUGGCCACUAUAGCAUUCAUCACGGCAACGAGAAAGCAGAUACGUUAUAGAAUUUAGCCAAGCGGUCUCUGGCAAUUUUUCCUUCAUAUCAGACAGUCAUCGCACA